AUGGAAAUAUUGCCCGAGGGAAAAAAUUUUCGUCUUGUUGGAAAAACGGAACUUCCAGAAGAUUUUGUGUGGGAAUUUCAUUUUUAUGUAUCUAAGGAUUGGCCAAAUGAUCCGAUUUGCCUUCAUUUUCCAGGAAUGACUAAUUCAGUAAAAUCAAGAUUAGAAUUGUUAUCCUUGCUCGUGAAUGAAGAUGUUCUAUUAGAUUGGACUAAACCUCUUUAUCUCAAUUUCACUCAUAUAAGGAUAACGGAUUGGCUGGAAUCAUUUUAUGAAAAUAUUGGAACUGUAGAAAAAGUUGCGGGAGAUGUAUACCUGUGCGAUAAUCCAAAAGGAGAAAUCCCUAUUGAAAAGUUAGUAUUAAAACUAGAAGAUGUUGGAACCAUACAUGAUUUGUAUCCAGCUAACGAUAUGGAAGCUAUUGGAGUGUUUGAAAAACUAAUUUUACGUCUUCCAGCAUACGGAGUAUUUUGCUCUGGAGAACUUGCUGCCUGGAUGGUCCAAUCAUAUUACGGUGCCAUGUUCUCAAUGCAAACUCGUCCAGAGUUUCGCAGGAGAGGAUACGGAAUUCUUCUUGCUUCCAAACUUAUGAAUUUAGUUAUUGAAAGAGGAUAUUUACCGUACGUAGUAAUACGACCUGAAAAUGAUGCUUCUAAAUCGCUAUACACUAAAUUAGGUUUUCGAAAAGUUUAUCAAACUGCUCGAAUAGUUUUUAAGCCUUACGAAUCUGACAAAAAAACCUGA